AGGCUUGUGUCACUUCCUCUGAUUUCUUUUGCCCCAGCAGCAGCUAUUUCGCACGGGGAAUUCUGAAGCAACAAUCAACGGUUUUGUGCAGUUUUUUUGUACCUAAGAAGUAGACACGUUCCGUAGGCAGUAUAAACAUGUCGCACACAAUUUUGCUUGUCCAACCCACCAAGAGACCUGAGGGCCGCACAUAUGCUGACUAUGAGUCAGUGAACGAAUGCAUGGAAGGUGUUUGCAAAAUGUAUGAAGAACAUCUGAAGAGGAUGAAUCCAAACAGCCCCUCCAUCACCUAUGACAUUAGCCAGUUGUUUGACUUCAUUGAUGACUUGGCUGAUCUUAGCUGUCUUGUGUACAGAGCUGACACCCAGACAUACCAACCAUACAACAAAGACUGGAUCAAGGAGAAGAUAUAUGUCUUGCUGCGACGUCAGGCUCAGCAGGCAGCAAAGUAAAGGCAUUGGUGACAGGUUGUCCUGCUACACACACCUGGAAGGAUUUUACACUGCACUACAUUUCCACAGCAUCUUUAGGAUCUGUGUAUAUGGACAACAUCGUCAGUUUGAUAAGGGGUGGGUUUUCGCAGCAUACUAUUUUUGGGAAAAGGUUGUGGUUUCAAAACCAGUAAAGUAAGACAUUUGGGCUUUAUAUUGAAAUGGGGAUGUACUUGGCAGAAUACAGAUGCUUGUGCAUCAAGAGGAUAGACAUGAUAGUUGUAAAUAGGAGUGGGCGAUCUGAGAAAUCACACCAUGACAAAUCUGGAACAGUUCCUUGAGAAUUUUAGAGGUGACAUUAUAUGACAUUUACACUUGGUUGAACCAUAAUCCAUGUCAGCAAACCAACAGAUUGAUUGUCUACUAGAUUGUAUCAUGUGUCUAUAUCAAAAAAGACUUUUCCAUGUGGGUAUCCAAAACCUUUCAAAUGUAGUCUGGCAGCAUGUUUAAACAGUUAAAAAUACACAAUAAAAACUGAGCCUGGAUGUUCUUAACAGUACAUUUUAAAAUUGAGAAGAAAGACUAAGGGUUGUGUUUGUGUGUCAUGGUGUGGUUUUUGGGAGGAUUGCCCACUACUAACAGCAAUGAUUAAUUUAUUAAUGGAGAGAGAGAGAGAGAGAGAUCCCUGUUUGGAGAAGAGCUCCACAGCCUAGAUAAUGUGUUUCCAUUGUCAAAUUCUAGUAGUAUGCUUUUUAUUCAGAUGCCAUAUUAGUUAUGUGACAUUUUUAUACUCUUUCUGUUACCAUAGCUUGCAAUCAAAAUGCUGAUACUGUAAACAUUUAGUUUUGCAUAGCAUCUAAUUUCAUCUAUCCCUGUUGUAGUUUUCUUUGAUUUGAACAAAAUAAACCAUUGUUUUCUGA